AUGGAGGUGAAUAGGGUUCAAAACAUAGCCACAUUGUCCAUGGAGCCAAACACAAUCCCAGAAGAAUUCAUUCGGCCGGAGACAGAGCAGCCGGCGAUAACCACUUUCGAGGGUGAUGCCCCUGACAUACCUACCAUCGACCUAAGCAACCCUGACCAAGAAAACCUAGUAAAGCUGAUUUCCGAGGCUGCGGAAGAGUGGGGCAUUUUCCAAGUCGUGAACCAUGGAAUACCCUCUGAGUUGAUGCACAAGUUGCAAAGUGUUGGCAAAGAGUUCUUCCAACUCCCCCAGAAGGAGAAGGAAAAGUAUGCCAGGUCACCUGAUGCUAAAAGCCUCCAAGGGUAUGGGACCGAUAGUCUUUUUCGCAAGCUGCAUGAAGGUGCACAGGGAAAGAAAGCUUGGACCGAUCAUCUUUUCCACAAAAUAUGGCCUCCUUCUUGCAUCGACUACAAGUUUUGGCCUCAGAAUCCAGUUUCUUACGGAGAGACGAACGAAGAGUACGCGAAGGAGGUGCGAAGGGUGGCGGAGAAGGUGUUCACAUGUCUGUCUCUGGGGUUGGGACUGGAAGGGCAUGUUAUGAAGGAGGGUGCGGGAGGAGAUGAAUUGGAAUACAUGUUGAAGAUAAACUUCUACCCACCUUGUCCUCGCCCUGAUCUCGCUCUGGGAUUGACCCCUCACGCUGAUUUUUCACUCACUGUUCUUAUGCCCAAUGAGGUCCCUGGCCUCCAGAUUCUCAAGGAUGAUAUCUGGAUUCGCGCCAACUACAUCCCCAACGCCCUCAUCAUCAUCAUAGGAGAUCAAAUACAGAUUCUGAGCAAUGGGAGGUACAAGAGCGUGACACACAGAACGACGGUGGACAAGGAACGAACGAGGAUUUCGUGGCCGGUGUUCGUGGAGCCGCCGGGGGAGUGGGUGGUGGGGCCUCUCUCUCAGCUUGUCACAGAAGAUAACCCUCCCAAGUACAAGGCCAAGAAAUUCAAGGACUAUGUUUAUUGUAAACUAAAUCUUCCCCAGUGA